AUGGACAAACUGCAAACAAGAAAGAGAAAAAUCGAAACAGACGAAAAUAUAAAGAAGCAGGACGUUUCAAAAGGAGGCGCAAGGCCGUCCGAGUGCUCAUACUGCAGAGCAAAGCUAAGAAUAACCAACACAUUCGGGUGUAAGUGCAGAAGAGUCUUUUGUGCGAAGCACAGAUACUCAGACGAGCACAGAUGCUCCUACGACUACAGAACAGAGAACAUGCUGAGGCUCGAAAAAGAGAACCCAAGGAUCAUUCCAUCGAGAAUAUCGAACGCAUAG